UCACUUCCUGGUAGGCCGACAUUUUAGAUAAUGAUUUGAUUUGUGCCAUAUAAACAAUCAUGGCAUCAAGUAAAUCUGUAACAUGCGGACCAUGUAAACAAGAUAAAGUAAACACUCAAGCUGACAUCUGGUGUAACAACUGUGAUGAAGGAUUAUGUUCAACAUGUUCAAGUCAUCACAAAAGAACAGAAUCAUCACGUGAUCACAGUACCAUCGAUAUUCAAACAUAUACAAUGAUCAAAACAGAAUGUGAUGCGCAUAGUCAAAAGUUCAACUUGUACUGCCCAAACCAUUUAAUGCCUUGCUGUAAUGAAUGUCAUUCAAAGUGUACUGGAAUAAAAAGCUUGGGGAGUGUAGUGGAGAAAACCAAAACUGAAAAAUGGCAAGAAUCUGUAGAGAAAGGUAUAAUAUCUAUCACUAAUUUCUUGGAUGAAAUGGUAAACAACAAAUCCGAAAACAUAAGAAGAGGAGAAAAACAAUCUGAAAGCAUAAAGAAAUCAGUUAGUCAAAUUCGAAAUGAAAUCAAUAAAUAUUUAGACAAUCUUGAGGAAAAGUUAUGUAAAGAAGUACAUACAGUAUGGGGUCAGGAGAAAUCAAAAUUAACAAGAUUAAUUACUGAAAUUGAAGAAAAAACUAUAAAACUCAGGAAAAUGCAAGAUGAUUUAAAGAAGGUUACAGAACGAACUUCAAAACUCCAAUCCUUUCUAGGAGUACAUCAGAUUGAACAAAAAGUUCAUCAAUGUCAAAGAUAUGUUGAAGAAAUUGAAGACAGUGAGAGAGCCAGUGAGGUAAGCAUAAAGAUAAAGCAAAAUGGUGAGUUAGGAAAGAUACUCAAAGAGUUACAAGUAAUAAAAUCCUUUGGAGAAGUGAUGGUUGUUAAAACAGAAAUAUCCUUGAAGAGGCAAACAUGUGUGAGUAAGGAAGCACAAAUAGAACUUCAAGAAAAAUCUAAAAUAGAAAACAUGACAAUGAAUAUUGAGACCAGAAUACCAAUCAAUGUCAGUAAGCAUAUUAGUGACAUUAUUUGUCUAAUGGAUGAAAGAGUAAUACUAGUUGAACAGAGAGGUAAAGCUUACUUACUUACGUCUGAUGGCAAACUUGAGAAACAAUUACCUAUAUCUGGUGAAGCCUGGAGUGUAUCACAGAUUAAUCUGGACAAUAUUGCCGUAACUUGUGAUGACUUGGAGGGAAACACACUGAAGUCAAUACAAGUUGAGAAUAAAUCACCUCUGUUUCACAUUGUUUACUGUAAAGACAGAGUAAUUUAUAGCGACUAUGAUGGUAAAACAGUAUAUUGUGUUAAUGAAUCAGGUGAACAGAUCUGGCAACACAAACACGAUUUAUCAGGACCGCACGGACUUUGUGUAGAUACUUAUGGCAAUAUUAUUGUAGCAGACGUUGGAUCUGGUAGCGUAAAAGUUAUAUCAAAAGAUGGACAGGACAGUAAAGUACUGGUUAGAAAAGAUGAUCUAGGAUACACGCCGUGGCAUAUUUGUUUUAACAAACAUAAAGAAUCUUAUGGUUUUAUUUGCGAUGCCUGUGGCAAUAGCAUAACCAGAUUCAGUCUGUCUUAUGAUUGA